CCCAGAUUAUAACCCAGAUUAUACUAAAAGCUUCUUGUCAACAACAGGACAGUUGACCUAAACCUUAUCUUAGAAAACCUCAGCAUCGUGCUCCAUCAGCACCAACCUGCUGGGCUGGAGACACAAAGAGACAGAGAGAUGGUGAAGUCAGAUACGUGAAGCAGCUUCAGGUGUGGUCGUUGCUGCUGACCCACACUGACCAGUCCCAGUACUACCUGGGUUAGGGUUGGGUGUGUUUGCCCCGUGGUCUUCAUGUUUAUCUAAUCAGCUGUCCUCAGUGACUGACAGGUCCACCAGCUGGAGCAACGGUAUAUAAACUCUGUGUUUAGUUCAGGAAGGCAUCCUUCACCCAGAGACUGCUGCUGCUGCUGCUUGGAUUCAUCACAACAAGAUGGCGUCAGGUCUGCUCUUCCUGCUGCUCCUCGGGAUCGGAGGAAAUAUGUUUUGUGACGCUUUGUUUAGAAAUCAUCUCAUCCUAUGUGAGCAUUCAACGGUCGAGCUGACGUGUGCUCCAGGAUUUGUCAUCUCCAUAUUGUCUGCUGACUAUGGACGUCAUGACAAAACCACCUGCUCCGCCGGACGUCCUCCAUCUCAGCUCCAAGACACCUCCUGCUCCACUCUCUCUGAUAUUGUUGCUUCAAACUGUAACGGGGAAAACAGCUGCAGCAUCACAGCCAGUAACGAGGUUUUUGGAGACCCCUGCGUGGGAACCUUCAAGUACCUGGACGUGAUCUACAGGUGUCGCUUUAGGUGGUUUCCCUGGCAUUGAAUCAAGCACCAAGUUUGAGUCUCAGAAGAAACAUCAAUAAAACCACAUGCAUUCA